AUGGCAUCCCCUGCCGACACCCCGCCGGAGUCGGCCUCGCCCUCGUCUUCCUCGUCCGGCCCACAUCCCGCUCACAUCACCAGCAAGCUCCAGAACACACCGCCUUCUUCGCCCUUCUGGUCUCUCGAGUUCUUCCCACCCAAGACAAGCCAAGGUUCAUCCAAUCUUCUCUCUCGUAUCGCACGUAUGUCAUCCGACCUUAGACCCAGCUGGCUCAAUGUCACCUGGGGCGCAGGAGGUACGACAGAGGGAAAGAGUCUCAGCCUGGCAGGCAGUUGUGUGCAUGGCGCAUGGGAGGGCGAAACGAUCAACGGCGAGCCCCUGACCGAGUGGCAGGGUGGUUUGGACGUCUGUCUGCAUCUCACUUGUACCAAUGUGGAGAAGCAAAGUCUAGACCAGACGCUGCGUACGGCUCGCAAGCUCAACAUCCGCAAUAUCCUCGCCCUGCGUGGAGACCCACCCAGGGGUGAGGAGUACUGGAUCGCUUCCGAUUCACAGUUCCAGCUGGCAACCGACCUGGUCCGCUAUAUUCGUCAAGAACAUGGAGACUUCUUUUGCGUUGGUGUAGCCGCCUAUCCCGAAGGCCACUGCGACUCCAUCGAGCGUGAUGUUGCCAGGGACGUACAGCAUCUCAAGCUCAAACAGGAGGCCGGAGCUCAAUUUAUCAUUACACAACUCUUCUAUGAUGUCGACGUCUUUGUUCAGUGGUACAAGCAAUGCAGGGAGGCUGGUAUCACAAUUCCGAUUCUGCCCGGGAUCAUGCCAAUUCAGAAUUACCAGUCUUUCCGGCGAAUGACCAAUCUUUGCAAGGCUACAGUGCCCGAGGAAGUCUUGUUAGCUCUAGAGCCAAUUCGGUUUGACGAUGCUGCCGUCAAGGACUACGGCGUCCAAUUGGCUAUCCGGAUCAUCGCACGUCUCUACCUCGAGACCGACAUCCGCGGUUUCCAUCUAUGUACGCUCAACUUGGAGAAGAGCGUGAGAAGAGUCCUGCAAGGGCUGGGAUGGGUCCGGGAUGAACAACCUACUCGGUCCUUUGAGGAAGGCCUCGGCAAGGGUCCGGUGGCAAAGGUCAAGGCUAUCGAAGGUAUGAAGGCGAGAGCGGCCGCCAUCAACGGAGAAUCUUCUCGGUCCGAGCCCAUCGACUACCGUACUGCUACACAAGGGGCACUACAGCGCGCUACAUCGAAGACCUCGCAAGCUCUAUACUCUCCAGCUAUUCCGCCAGACGGAGACGCCACUGCACACACCAUCGGCAAUGCUUCCCACCUCACACCUGACUAUGUCCAAAACACCGCGACCACGUCUGCUUCUUCCACAAGUUGGGACGAAUUCCCCAAUGGUCGUUACGGAGACGCCCGGUCGCCCGCCUUUGGUGAGAUUGAUGGGUACGGCGUUUCGCUCAAGGUGCCUCCGCAGGACGCCCUGAGGUUGUGGGGCACACCGGUGGAGGAAGACGACAUCAGCCUCAUCUUCUCCAAGUACCUUCUGGCAAGACUCGCCUGUAUACCCUGGUGCGACGCACCGAUUUUCGACGAGACGCUGGCAAUUCGCAACUGGCUGCUGGCGCUGAAUCUGCCAAAGAAGGCGAAAAGCUCGUCGUCGAGCUCCAGCUCGAGUCUGUCCGGUAGGGGCUGGUGGACGGUAGGAUCCCAGCCGGCCGUUGACGGAGUGCCCUCUUCAGAUCCCACGUAUGGGUUCGGACCAAGAGACGGAGGAGGCUACGUCUACCAGAAGGCCUUUGUGGAGAUUUUCGUUGAUGAGGCUGACAAGGAGUGGAUCAGAGAGAAGAUUGAGCAGGAGGGAGAGGGGAGACUGAGCUUCUUUGCUGGUAAUAGGAAGGGCGACUACGAGUCCAACCUCUCCCUCGGUGACGUCGACGCCGUCACCUGGGGUGUUUUCCCAGGCAAAGAAAUUGCCCAGCCUACAAUCAUCGAAGAAGAGUCCUUCAAGGCCUGGCGAGACGAGGCAUUUGAGAUCUGGGGUGAAUGGGAAAUGCUCUUUGCAAAAGAGACCAAGACGAGGGGAUUGUUGAGGGGAGUGGGAGAGGGGAAAUGGUUGGUCACUGUUGUUCACCACGACUUCAAGGAUCCAACGGCUCUGUGGCGCUUCCUAGGCUGCGAAGAGCACCUCCCGACCGACGAGGAUGUGGCUCGCCUCGAACAGGUGUGGGCAUAA